CGUCAUCAACAUGCGCAGUUCUGCAACAGGAGAAGGGAUGUGUUUUUAGCAUUUUAAGUAUGUGAUUUACUGGUAACAUUAACUAGAAUUAAAUUAAAUAUACAUUUCAUUAACGGUAGCUUUUCUGUAAAAGAGAUGAUAAUAUAAUAUCUCAAUAGUUAUGCACAAUAAUAUUUUCUUAGAUAUUAUCAAUGAUCAACAUUGACUUGAUCUAAUGUUACUCUCGCUAACUAACGUUAGAUAGCUUGUACUCUUGUUAUCCAAGAACGUUAAGUUAGCUAUCUAAUGUUAGGUAUAUUGGGUGUAGUUGCAAAAAAAUGUAGCUUGUAUAAGUUAUAUUCCUGCUAUCUCAAUGCCAUUGUUUACAUUUUUACAUGACAAAUUAGACCGGAAACAUUGCAGCAAAUGCUGUGAUAUGUUUGUUUACAUUUGCUAUUUUAGCUACCUAAGUUAGCGAAAUGUUUUGAAAAUGCCAAAAGCAUACGAACACAGAAAACACUUGAAUGCAUGUUGAAUACGCCACUCAUUAUGGAGGAUGAGGAGGAACUCGAGAGGCUGGGCGAGAAGUUGUAUGGCCUAAUCUAUCCUAGGCACGCGGAAAUGGCAGGGAAACUGACAGGGAUGCUGCUGGAGUUGCCUGGUCCAGUACUAGCACAGAUAUUGCUGGAUGAGGCCAUGUUGACCGAGGCUCUGAAUAAAGCCUUAAGUGCUCUCCAGCCACCCAGAGAAGACAGCAGUGAGGUGGAGCGCCAGGGGGAGGAUCGAGCAUCCACUUCCUCAGACUCGCUGGGGGAGCAGCUGUACAAGCUCGUGGACGUCUACGACACUGGCCUCACAGAGAAAAUUACAGGCAUGUUGCUGGAGCAAAAGAAACUGGAGGUGCAGAAACUCCUCUCCAACCCUGGUCUUUUGGAGGAAAGGGUUAAUAUUGCAUUGAAAAUACUGGAGGAACAGAGCUCAGAGGAGACGGACGUUAGUGACUUCUCAGAUCCCGACGACGCAGAGAGGUUGGGGGAGAAGCUGUUUGCGGUUGUGCGACAGAUCGAUACAGCAAAGUGUGCUGACAUCACUGGCAUGCUGCUAGAAAUGGACCAUGAAACACUGAGGGAAGUUCUGAGUGACCGGGCCAUGCUCGAGACAGCUGUGCAUAAGGCCCAGUCAGCACUGCUGGGACACCACAGUCACGCUCCCUCAGAUGGAAACGACAGUCACACUCUCUCAGAUAAACACUACAGUCACGCUCCCUCAGAUGGAAACGACAGUCAUACUCUCUCAGAUAAACACCACAGUCACGCUCCCUCAGAUGGAAACGACAGUCACACUCUCUCAGAUAAACACUACAGUCACGCUCCCUCAGAUGGAAACGACAGUGCCCUCUCCUCAGGGACCGAUUCUUCAGAGAGCAGACUUGAGCACAGGACUUGACCGAUCCAAACCACACACAGUGUCUGCUGGAGUGAAGAAGCAUGGACAAACUACCGCGUCUCUCUAGCAGGGGCUUGAGAAUGAACCUUUACUGAAUAACUCUUCAGCAAUGACUUCUGUACACCACUACAGAACGUGUGGUACUGAGAGCCACUGAGUGCCACUGGCAACAGAGCAACUAGAUAAAUCCAGUCUUCAUAGUGCACUUUUUAUGAAGAGAAGAUAUAUUGUGCCACGUUCAUGAUUCAUAAUCUGAUUACAAGGUUGAUAAAAGGCCUUACACCCAAUGCUCAUAUAGUAAUUAUGCACGUUGUAGAGCAAAAUAUAUUUAUUUUCUAAUUCAAUAGAUCAGUAAUGUUAUUGUGUAAUAUAGGAGAAUGUCUGUUUUAAUGAAUAUUUUCGACUGUGCCACUUUACACACAAAAAGCUGUCAUUUAGGAGGUUUCAAUGUCACGCCCAUUAUUUCAUAACCAGGCAUCUCCUCACGAAGGGGGUCAACAUUUUGCACAUAAGCUGGUGAAUGUCAUGAAAACCUGUGAAUGAGCUACAGUACAGGGAAAGAAUGUGUUCUGCUGUGGCACUUAAACCGCGAAUACUCACUGAAGAAGCAUCAGUGAUAACGUAUGCGUUAUCUUGGGCAUUUAUAUUAUUAUAGGACGUUUCAAACUUGCACCUGGUGACCCACUACAUAUGCCGGUUUUUGUCCUUGCCACAAUCGCAACUGGGGACAGAUUUUGUCAUGAAUGUCGAUGUAUGCCAUAAAUAUUCUGCAUCUUUUAAUCAGAUGAGCAAAUGCUUUGUUUUUCUGCUGUAUGACAUGAUUUCUUGAGAAAGAUGUUAUAUUUUAGAAUAUAUGCAGUUCUAGACUGACUGGUCUUCAUGCAUUGUGGUCCUUGCUGAAAGUAUGGUCACUUGGUAACCUAUAUCUAUUUGCGAUAUAGAGUUACUAACCGUGCAAUUGGUAGUGAGCUAAACCUGCAAUGUUAUAAUUCGUUAAAGUACAACAGUGUUAGAACUAAAACAUAUUUUAAUAUCAUUAUAAUGACUAUGACAAAAACCAGUUUACACCCAGGUCCGUGUUUGAAAGCCACCAUGUAGUUAAUGAAUGCUGUAUGAACAAUGAAAGUUAACAUUGUAAUCAUUUAGAAUUUCGCUCCAAAAUUGCUGUCAAGCUUCACUAGGAAAAUGAUGUCCAUUUAUUUACAAUAAAUGUCUUUAUUAUUAUUAU